AUGGAGGAUAAGGAUUCAGCGCCCACAGGUCCAAGUGUUUUACAGCAUUGGCGUCCCCCUGAUCUUAACAGCUAUAAGGUUAAUUUUGAUGCGGAAAUAUUCAGGUCAUCCAAUACAGCUGGCAUAGGAGUGAUGGCUUGUGACUGUGCUGGGGAAGCAAUAGGAGCACUGUCAAUGUCCAUUCCCCUACCUCAAUCUGUAGCAGAUGUGGAGGCCCUAACCUGUCACAGAGCUAUACGAUUCGCAAGUGAAAUUGGCUUGACUCGGGUUGUAUUUGAAUGUGAUUCAUUGGUGAUCAUCAAUGCACUUACCACUGAAUCUGGGGAAUUGGCCACCUAUGGUGUUGUUCUAGAUGACAUUCGUGUAUUGGUUUUGGGCUUCCAGAUGCUAGAUUUUCAGCAUGUGCCACGCACUUGCAAUUCAGUAGCUGAUGCGCUAGCUAAGAAAGCGAGCUCAGCUUUAGGUAUGCAGGUUUGGUUAGAGGAUAUUCCCAUAGACAUUGUCCCACUUGUGUUAAGGGAUGUCCAUUAA